CUCUAUCUCAAAAUUUUCUUUUCCUCUUUCUCUCACAUGAGUCACAACGGCUGACCGUUGGUGGCGUACCAGAGACGCUUCUGAUCUCGUUCCACCAGAUCUCACUCUUCCUUCCCCUGGUUUAUUUUUUCUUUCUUAGUUUUUUGAUUGUUCGAUAAAUUUCUUCAAUUUCUAUGGCUGCUCCACCUGCUAGAGCUCGAGCCGAUUACGACUAUCUUAUAAAGCUCCUUUUGAUCGGCGAUAGCGGUGUGGGUAAGAGUUGCCUCCUCUUGCGUUUCUCGGAUGGCUCAUUUACUACAAGUUUUAUUACGACCAUUGGAAUUGACUUUAAGAUAAGGACUAUAGAACUCGAUGGAAAAAGAAUCAAACUGCAAAUUUGGGAUACUGCUGGGCAAGAGCGGUUUCGAACAAUUACAACGGCUUACUAUCGCGGAGCCAUGGGUAUUUUGCUCGUCUAUGACGUGACUGAUGAGUCAUCUUUCAAUAACAUUAGAAAUUGGAUCCGUAAUAUUGAACAGCAUGCUUCGGAUAAUGUCAACAAGAUUCUGGUUGGUAAUAAGGCUGACAUGGAUGAAAGCAAAAGGGCCGUCCCUACCUCAAAGGGCCAAGCUCUUGCUGAUGAAUAUGGCAUCCAGUUCUUUGAAACUAGUGCAAAAACAAACCUAAACGUUGAGGAGGUUUUCUUUUCGAUAGCCAGGGACAUUAAGAAAAGACUUGCGGAUACUGACUCCAGGCCUGACCCACAAGCAAUCAAAAUUAAUCAAACCGACCAGGCUGCAGGGGGUGCUGCGGCCACUCAAAAAUCAGCUUGCUGCGGUUCUUGAGCAAACUAUGUUGAGAAUGAGAUCUGAAGGGUACACAUUCACUACUACUGUAGUUGCUGUUUUGGUCUGAAAAAACAAACUAAUUUUGUUACAACUUAUAUUGUUUGUGUUUGUAUUUUCUUCACUGCAUAUCAUUAUUUUUACAUCUGCUAACUCUUUGGUGUGAAAUGUUCGAUUAUAUUAGAUUAA